AUGUCCUUCAUGGGCGGCGCCGAGUGCUCGACGGCGGGCAACCCGCUCAGCCAGUUCGCCAAGCACACCCAAGACGACCGCAGCCUCCAGCGCGACCGCAUCGUCAAUGGCGGGCCCCAAGGCAGCAUGGGCGGCUUCCGGUCCGCCGCCGACCACGCUGCCCAGGACGAGAUGCUCAACGGCUUCAUGCAGCAGAACGGCCGCCUGCCCGACAUGCCCCAGCACGCCGGCCACGUCCACCUCGACCACCCCGCACAGGGCGUCCACCUGCGCGCCAGCUCCGCCUCGCCUGCCUGGGCCGCCGAGUUCCAGCAGAACCCCCAGGCCGCCAUGGAGGCCGCUUUCAAGGUGCCGCAGGGCACCCAGUUCGGCCCCGACGACUUUGCAAAGUUCCACCAGAUGCAGCAGGCCAACAGCUCGUCGCACCGGUCGAGUUCCAUGCCCCAGUCCAUGGGCGGCGCCUACCAGCCCAUGAUGGGCUCCGGCAUGAUGAGCGGCAUGGGCAUGGGCUACGGCAUGGGCGGCAUGUACGGCGGCUCCAUGUACCGGCCUCCGACACAGCAGCCGCAACAGCAGAUGGACCCCAAGGGCAAGGGCAAGCUGGUCGAGCUCGAUGACUCGACGUGGGAGGAGCAGUUCAAGCAGCUCGAGAUCGAGGAUCAGAGGGCCCGCGAAGAGGCCGAGCAGAACGCGGCCCUCGAGCCGGAACUGAACAAGCUGGACGAGCAGAUCUUGGAGUCGGAAACAAACGAAUUCGGCGACUUUGAGUCGAUAUGGAAGGGCAUCCAGGCCGAGAAGGAGGCCAACCAGGAAGCUCUCGACGAGGACGAGUGGGUCAGCAAGUUCAACGACGAGAGCUGGAACAGCAUGAACUGGGGCGACUCGAACGGCAGGUUGUUCGCAGAUCCCCAGGUGGAGAAUUACCUCUUCGAGGAGGACAACCUGUUCAAAGAGACAGGCAACCCCUUCGAGGAGGGCUUGCGCAUCAUGGAGGAGGGCGGCAACCUAUCUCUGGCGGCCCUGGCGUUCGAAGCAGCCGUGCAGAGGAAUCCCACCCAUGUGGAAGCCUGGGUCCAGCUGGGAGCCGCACAAGCGCAGAACGAGAAGGAGACGGCGGCCAUUCGCGCCUUGGAGCAGGCCAAGAAGCUUGACCCCAACAACGCGCCGGCCCUGAUGACGCUGGCGGUUUCCUACACGAACGAGGGGUAUGAUAGCACGGCAUACCGGACGUUGGAGCGCUGGCUCUCCGUCAAGUACUCAUCCAUAAUCUCCCCGGCCGACCUCUCACCGGCAACAGACCUGGGCUUCACUGAUCGCCAAAUCCUCCACGACAAGGUGACCGAGCUCUUCAUCAAGGCAGCCAACCUGAGUCCCGGCGGCGAGCACAUGGACCCCGACGUACAAGUCGGCCUCGGAGUCCUAUUCUAUGGCGCAGAAGAGUACGACAAGGCCGUCGACUGCUUCAGCGCGGCGCUUGCCUCCUCGGAGCAGGGCUCCUCCAACCAGAGCUCCCAGGUCCACCUCCUCUGGAACCGCCUGGGCGCCACCCUGGCCAACAGCGGCAAGAGCGAGGACGCCAUCGCCGCCUACGAAAAGGCCCUGACGCUGCGGCCCAACUUUGUCCGCGCGCGCUACAACCUCGGCGUCAGCUGCAUCAACAUGGGCUGUCACGCCGAGGCCGCCGGCCACCUGCUUGCCGCCCUCGAGAUGCACAAGAACGUCGAGCACGAGGGCCGCGAGAAGGCCCGCGAGAUCCUCGGCGGUCAGGACAUCUCGGACGCCGAGCUCGACGCCAUGACGACCCAGAACCGCAGCACCAACCUGUACGACACCCUCCGCCGCGUCUUCACCCAGAUGGGCCGCCGCGACCUGGCCGAGAAGGUCGUCGCCGGCGUCGACCCCAGCGUGUUCAGGGGGGACAUUGAGUUUUGA